UAUGUGAUGCGUACCAGCAGAUAUUCUCAAAGAUGGUAGCUACGUUUGUAUGUGUGUAAAUGUAUUUGAUUUGUCAUGGCUGUCAAUAUAGAAGAGCGUAGGGCUCAGCUUGAUGCCUUAAAUGACUUCAUUGAGAACACUCAGAAAAAGCUUACAUCUAUACUAAGCAUCUUAGGAUGGAAUGCUGAGAAGUUACGAGAGAAGUCUAGAGAAAUGGUCACCUGCCCGCUGAACAGUGAGCAUUAUAUCCCGAAAGAUACUCUAGAGAAACAUCUCGCUUCAUGUGCAUGGAAAAUGGAAGGCUACCAUGAACAUGACAUUCCUCUUUCAGAAAGCUGUGGGCCUGAUGGAUCUUCAAUAGUAAUAGAUAAAGAAUUGAGAACUGCGGUAAUCCGAGAGGCUGCUUUACAGGAUCCAAAAAUGAAGACUGGUAUUUCUGCAGUGGGAUUGGAUGAUCGUCCAAUUCCCAAAACCAUGGAUAGGAUUAUAUCUGAUUUCACACCAGAUGAAAGAAGAGUAUUGUAUGACUUUGCUGUAUCAAAGACAGGUGCAGUACCAGUGGUAAAGGUGGAGGAACUUCAUAUGUCAUUUCAAAAAGAAGAAAAACAGCAUCCUAAAACAUUCUUAGAGCGCUUGGCAGAAGAGCGGGAUGCAAAGCGACGCAGAGUAAGCAAGAAAGUUCACACCAAUCGUAAAAGUCACACAGAGAUAUUGCGGGAAGUGAUACAGAACCAAAUGGAAUUGUACGAAGAUAUUCUUAAGCAAGAGAAUGAAGAAAUUGGAAGUGAUGAUAGUAGGAAAAAUGAAGAAACAUAUGAUUGUGACCCAAAACCAAAGGAGUAUGUCAAUCCAUCUAGCGUUGCUCACACAUCGGAGAAGAAUGUUUCGCGGAAGGAAAGGGUCGGGGUGGAUAAGGAAGAAUUAAAGAGACGUGAACAUUCCCAGUCUUCACGGAGAACAGGACUUGGAAGAAGUAAUUUGAUACACGAAGAUCGACACAGAAUCGAGCAUGUUAGGUGGCAAAGGACGUCUGAGUAUGAUCGAAGAGAAGGCAGAAUUUCUCAUAGAGAUAGGAAUUCGAGUACAGUGCAUGAAAGCAGUGACAGAAGGAAUGGCAAUAAGCAUUCACAUAGACGAAAGCGUCGUAGAGACAAGAGAAAACGCAGAACUCAUUCCUCAUCAGACACUAGUAACAGUAACGAUACCGAAGAUUUUCAUCGCAAGCGAAAGAGGAGUAGGGAUGCAGAAGUAAACAUCUCACAACACAGAGGCGUAAGUUACCGCGAUACUGUCGCGUCAGGCCGUAAGGACGCUGGUUUGAAACACGAGCCAUGUGGUUCCAAGACCAAAGAAAAAUCCUCCUCCUCGUUAUAUAAAGAAGACAGAAAAUUCACUCCAAAAAAUGACAGAAGUAGGGAUGACGAAAGUUGGUAUAAAUUACAAGAAGGGGGCAGAAAUGAAUUUUUGAGGUCCUACGAUGAAGAUGAUAGAACCGUCUAUGAAGAAGAUAAUCGUCAGAAAGCUUGUAUGAAAUUUGAUAGUAGUGAAAGUAGAGAUUCACAUUGCGGUGAUACGAAGACCAAAAGGCAACUGGCAGCUCAUUCACGUCUGCGAAAGUACGAUUGGGAAAGGAGGAAUUCUGAUUCUUCUGAUGAUGACAGUGGAUCGGAAUCGCAUAGUCAUGUGAAAAAUGAAAGAAGGAAGGAGAAGCGUAGAAGGCGGGAAGAGACAUCACCACACAAGUUGUGCGCGAGUGAGUAUUCGAGUAAUGAUGUCGGUGCAGGCAGCGUUUAUAAGUAAGUGUCUGCGUGGUGGCUGUAGCUCGGAAGAAAGAUAUUAGACGUCCCCUUAACCCUCUGAUGAAUUUUGUAUGUACAGUAAUGCCAUGUUUUAAAUAUAUUAAAUUAAGAAAUUUCUGCAUUAAUCCAUUUGAAAAAUAAAAUCAAUUUUCCAGUA